AUGGAGAGAGACCUCCUAGCCGCAAACCCCAUCCCUUCAUUGUUAAACCUCUCUCACCAUGUUCCGAAAGUGCCGGGUAUAGACGGCUGUGUUGGAGUUGUGUUGAUCGCUGCCACUUUAUCUGCAUGCAUCUUCGGAGUGCUCAAUGUCCAAGCAUUCCACUAUUUCUCUCGUUUUCCGAAUGACCCCACCUGGCUAAAAGUAACGGUUUCGUUGGUUUGCAUAGUGCAAUUGUUGAGACCCUCUUCGCAAGAUUUCACUGUGGGGACAACCGGAAGCUCUUGGGAAAUCGCACUGAUGUCAUACAUACUUGAGCCUAUCAUUGCUUUAGUUGUUCAGCUUUUUUUCGCUCGCAGGACAUGGCGUUUGAAUCGGAGAACUUGGUUCAUGGGAAUGGUCAUCGUCCUCGUGGCUUUGCUUUCGUUCGCACUUGGGGAAUUCGCUUGCAUCACAACUUUCCGCUUGCGCCUUUUUUCAGAGUACGAGAGGUACAAGUACCAAGUUACGGUGUGGCUUUUCAGCUCGGCUGCAUGUGAUGUGAUGAUCACUGCGACAGUUUGUUGGGUACUGUGGGCGAGUAAGACGGGGUUUUCAGAGACUGACCACUUCAUUUCGCGGAUGAUAGUGUGGGUGAUCAAUACAGCAGCACUCACAAGUACUGUAGCCAUUCUGGACGCCGUGACGUUCCUAGCAUAUCCGAACGAAUUAAUUCACGUAGGACUCAACUAUUUGCUUGCAAAGCUUUACACAAGCACGCUUCUUGCAAGUCUAAAUAGACGUCGGAGCCAAGUUGGUCUCACUUGUCCUGGGAGGCCGCAACUCUACGGGAGCUUAAAAUCUGAAUCUGAUGUUGAAAUGCAGAGAUCCGACCUUGCACGAUUAGGCCUUAAGCCGAUGCCAUCGGCUCUUCUGAACACCUCGACCUCAGUGCACCUGUCCCGCAACCCGUCUUCGAAGCCCCAUCCAUGCCCUCAACAACUCAACUCCUUUGGGCCCGAAUCACGAUUCCAGGCGAAAGAAUUAGCAAGUGGUCCGACUGUGUCAACUGUUGUCUCCGUGUUCGACGAUGAAGUGAUAGGCAGUUUGGCUACCCCAACAAGGAGUUCGAGUAUGAAGUCCAACAAGUCGAGGAACUCCUCCGCUGGACUACCCACGAUCUGGGAUGCCAGCCAUGAUGAGAUAUCGAAUGGGGAGCUUACUUUAGUCCAGAUCAUCAUAGGACGUCGAUCAAAAACAUCUCCAUAG